AUGACCGAUAAGAAGAACGAGGACUAUGUCGUCCGUAUGGGCGACGACAACUAUGAUAAAAACGAGAAGCCUCUAUUCAAGCCUCGAGCAUCGCCUCCGGCUGCUUAUGGGUCAAGCCCAAUCAACGGCAUCGAACAGAUAGAAAAGAGCCCGCCCUUGUCCAUCGCGGCCUAUUGCUUGUCUUCGAUCAGUAUGACCGUUGUGAACAAGUAUGUGGUUUCAGGCAGCUUCUGGAACCUCAAUUUUUUCUAUCUGACUGUUCAGGCUGUUGUGUGUAUUGGCACAAUUACUCUUUGCAAGCAGCUAGGCAUGAUCAAGGUUCUUGCUCCCUUCGAUAUCGACCGCGCAAGAAAAUGGUUCCCUAUCUCUCUUCUCCUCGUCGGCAUGAUCUACACUAGUACAAAGUCGCUGCAGUUCCUUUCGGUCCCCGUUUAUACGAUCUUCAAGAAUUUGACCAUUAUUGUCAUUGCAUAUGGCGAGGUACUCUGGUUUGGUGGCAGCGUCACCCCACUGGCCUUACUCUCGUUCGGCCUCAUGGUUCUGAGCUCGAUCGUCGCCGCUUGGGCCGAUAUCCAGAGCGCAAUAAACGGCGAUUUCGGCACCGGUGACUCUGCUGCUGCUGUAUCUACGCUCAACGCUGGGUACGCAUGGAUGGGCAUGAACGUGUUAUGCAGUGCGGCCUACGUGCUCGGCAUGCGCAAGGUCAUCAAAAAGAUGAACUUUAAGGAUUGGGACACCAUGUACUACAACAACCUCCUGACGAUCCCUGUUCUUGUUAUCUGCUCGCUUCUCACCGAAGACUGGUCCGCCUACAACUUCUCUCGCAAUUUCCCUGACGAUACCCGUAACAAGAUCAUCAUUGGCAUGAUCUACUCUGGCCUUGCCGCUAUCUUCAUUUCGUACUGCUCCGCCUGGUGCAUUCGCGUCACAUCCUCAACCACAUAUUCGAUGGUUGGCGCCCUGAACAAACUUCCUAUUGCAAUCAGCGGCCUUGUCUUCUUCUCGGCCCCAGUCACUUUCGGCAGCGUGUCUGCCAUCUUCAUUGGCUUCGUGAGUGGGCUCGUCUACGCUUGGUCUCGCGUGCGACAAUCAAUGUCGUCUGGAGGCUCACUACCUACCGUACGACCUACAAUGAGUGCCAGUGCCAAGAGCAACCGUGAUGCCAAUUCUUAG